CAUUUCUAUACUCAGGGAACACAUAUUGUGAUGACAUUGAAAUGGUUUUAGAGAUUUUACAUAUUUAAAGCCUCCUGCAGCGACUACAAUUGUCAGUGCACCCUACGCAGAUGGCAUACAUGUAAAUUAUAUCGGCCAAAUGAAUGUUUUACGCAUAGCUUUAACGCUACAGUGAAAUAAGUAACUAUGUCUGUAAAUUUAAAUGUUCAAGAAAACAAGACAACGCUGAGAAACAAAGGUUUAGAACAUUUUCAUAUCGCCAUCAAUGAUCGACAGGUUUUCCAUCCGGGGGAGACGUUAACUGGUGUCGUCCAGUUAUUUACAACUAAAGUAUUAUAUGCAAGAAGGCUGUUUGUUAAAAUUUCAGGUCAGGCUUACGUCAAGUGGACAGAGUCAUGCCAAGUAUUGGAUACCACAGAGUUUGUUAACUGUGAGAACUAUUUAAACGAUAACAGAGUUUUGUUUGAAAGUGCAGUAAAUAAUGAUUUUGAAACAUUGUUGCCCUGUAAUCAUCAAUUUCCGUUCAGUUUCAUUAUUCAACCAUCUCAUUUACCAUCUUCAUUUUAUCAUGGUUGGCACAAGAAGGACUACGCUGCAAUACGCUACUGGAUAACUGCAACUAUCAUUCUUAGCAAUGAUGAAGAACUCACAGAAACUCAAGUAUUUUAUCUCAAAGAAACUGCAGACUUAACUGAAGCGUUACAUCUUCAUGAACCCAAAGCAGUGUCUACCGAACAAUAUGUCAAUUGGUGUUGUUUUAAAACUGGUCCAGUUCGAAUAAACUUGGAGAUAAAUCGUUCGGCUUACCACCCUGGGGAUGAUAUUCUGAUAACUGCUGGAAUAAACAGUGCACAAAGUUCAUUUAACACUGGAAAAGUUGAGGUACAACUAAUUCAGAUGGUCAAAUAUAUUGCAAACCACGAUUAUACCGGUUUAGGAAGCUCUAGAAAGACAAAUCAGGAAUCUCUAGAAAGACAACACUGGAGCACAGAGAAAAAUCUUCUUUUGUCUGCAAGCGUGGUAUCACGAAGGCAAAUAAAUUGGGAUAACGUACGUUUAAGAAUACCUAAAGCAAUCGUGCCGACGAUAUCCUGCAGCAAAUGUGUACAAUUGUCGUAUUUCGUCCAGCUGAGAAUCUCCUUUCGAGGACGUGAGCCAGACUGUAUUUUGCGAAUACCAAUCAUGAUUAUGUGUAAGCCAAGACCAGAAACUCCAGAAGAAACACCACAUAGUGAUUCUAGGGAUGAAAAUUAACAAACUUUAAUUUUGAAACAAACCAGGAGUGAUAAACAACACUCGAGCUCCUAUUGAGCGACAACUCUCUGGAAUCAGUUUCGCUAUAAAUACACGGGUACAAUAUACGAAAUUUUCUCCAGUAUCAUUAAAUUUCGUAAGGAUAUAAUCUGCGUGCACGCUUGUUAUUAUUUGUUGGGACUGCAUGCAGGCAUUGUUAGACCAACCAAAAAUUGGACUAACGUGAAAAAAUCCUAAGUAACUCCAACCGUUAUACCCUGGUUAAUGGUAACAAUACUAACAUCAGAUAUGCACAUGCAAUUGAGAUCUGAUUAGAGACGCCAAAAGUUUCCUCUUUUGCAUUUUGUUUUCCAUAUGCAUUAAAUGCGUUGAUUCAGAACUUCAGAAGUUAGCUGAUGCGAAGACAAAGUAGGAAUCAGUUGAUUUUGUGGUCAACACGAUGAUUGCGAGGCAGGGACAAGGACCCACGUACAGAUCAAAGUGAAAUAAAAAAUCAAUGACAGCAGAAUGCGUGCAAUCAGUCAAUGCAAUCAUCGGAGAAG